AUGGAGGAUGAUAUGAAGUGGAAGCUCGUAUGUACUGGACGAGUAGUGGAAGAUAUAAUUUACGAGUCAAUUUCAGAUUUUAAGUCUGAACAUUUAAUACAUUCAUUUACGAUUGAUGAAGAAGGUGCAUUAAGUUCUGAGUUAUACGAAAGUCUUGCAAAAUAUUAUGAAAAAGUCAGUGAAAAACUUGUUAUUAAUAUUGAUUAUUAUGUAACGGCUAAUAUUAUUUGUCCAGACUAUUCAAAGCUUAUAUACGACAAUAUGAACGAAAUCCAAGUGCUUUCUAUAUUGAAACAUAAAUGCAAGAAAUGGGACGAAGGGGAUGCAAUCUUCCGAAAGUCUUCUGGAGGAAUAAGACUUGAAUUCGGAGGUUCAGAAGCUACUUCCGAAAAUGAUGCAAAUUUGGAUAAGAGAAAAAUAGAAGAAAUGGAAACCGUUGGGUAUAUUCACGGUGGGUUAGUCUUAAUGGUCAUGACACUUGACCUUCCAGUCGGUUAUAUAACGCGCUUAAUUAAAAGUGAGCUAUAUCGCAUUCCGGAGGAUAUCGGAUCUUUUGGGAAAGCAAUAGAAUUAAUUACAGCUGUGUGGAAAAGUAAG